CCACACGCCACCACCGUAUGCCACCGCUCGUCGAUUCGGCUGCGCUCUCUGGCCUCGCUCUCUUCGCCAUUGUUCUCACCUUUGCAUCAGCAUUGCCCCCGCCUGCUCCUACGCUCACCUUUGCCUCCCUCAUCGCUCCCGCCCCGCCUCUACGCCACGAUGCCUGCGCUGUCUGGAUCGCCGCCCCGCACACGCCCUGCUUUGACCUCACCGACACGCCUUGCGCGCCAGACACCAUGCCUCCCGCCCUCACCGAUGCCUUCUCGAUGGGCGGCGCAGUCGACACCAGCCACUCGAUGGUCAUCGAUGACACCAUGGGCGGAAAGGGCUCACGCUACGGUGCGUCUGAGGAGAGUGUCACCGCUCUGGCUCUCGCCGCCUCGGCCCGCCACGCCCGCCUCGCCGCUGCCGCUGCCGCCGCCGGCUCCUACCAUGCCCUCGCCGCCUCGCUCUCCGCCACCGGCUUUCACGACCGCAAGGACCUCCUCCGUAUUGCCCUCCUUGCCGUUAACGCCUCGCGACCAGGCGGCCUCGCCGCCCUCGCCCCAGCCGCUGUCUUUGGCUCCAUGUCGCCAUGGAUCGAGGCCGAGCUCCUCGCCCUUGGCCUCGACGCCGUCACCACGGUCGAGUACAACACCCUCAACUACCGCGCGACUUCCAUUACCACCCUCACGCCCGACCAACUCGCGACCAACAUCGCAGACGGUACUCACACCCCGUUUGGCCUUGCCAUCUCGCUCUCGUCCUUUGACCACGACGGCCUCGGCCGCUACGGCGACCCGCUUAGCCCGUCCGCGGACCUAGACAUUAUGGCUGCCCUCGCAGACUGCAUCCUUGCCCCUCAUGGUGUCCUCGUUGUCUCGGUCCCGGUCGGCAGUGAUCAGCUCGUCUGGAACAUGCACCGCCGCUACGGCCCGGCACGCCUCCCGUCCCUCCUCGCACCCUUCCUCCCUGCCCUCGACCCUUCGCCGCUCAUUCCGCUCGUCGACGCCUCGUCGGUUCUUGGCUGGGACUCGGACGCCCGCCUCUCCCAGGACCGGCCCUUCACCUCUUCGUACGAGCCCGUAUUUAUUCUCUCGCCUCUGGACCAAGCCCCGCUACACACCGACCGCGAGCUGUAGCGCGACCCAAUCACCACGACCCAACAGAGCUCGAUUCGCUGACGCGCGUUGACAAGCUUCCGGUCCAAACUUCGACUGCGCCCUCGGAACUGGCCAGCGACUCCGAGUGCCCAACCCGUGUCCAUCCGCGCCGCUUGCCGCACGCUCUGCUCAGCCGACGACACAUCGACUCGGCUUGCGAGCCGCACCGAGACGCCAAAACGUAGCCAGCCAACCCGAGCAGCAGUACGAGCAGCGCGAUCCAACGCAAGUCCUUCUCCACGUGAACUUCGGUCGCCACUUCGCACAUGUCGCUGCUGCCGUCCCUCCCUCCGGCAGGCCGAACAGAGUACCAGUACUUGCGCCCGGUCUGCAACGAGCCGGACUCGUCCACAAAGCCGCCCAUGCUGGUCAGCCCUACCACAGCUCCGUCACGGAGCACCUCCAUCGGAUACGCCUCGCAGCACGCCCUCGCCUGCAUGCAUGGCUCCCACGAGACCCGCACCUUGCCAGCAGACGUACCAAAGCUCCACACAGACUG